AUGCUAAGGUUGGAAGACUCGGAGAAGACUUCAGGUCUCCACAAAACUGCUACUACUACUAAAGCAAUAAGGUAUUGGAAAUGGGGGUUUAUUGGAGCCACAGCUAUUUUUCUCUGGCUGCAGUUUAGUUGUAGUAGUUAUUAUGGUGAUGUCAACUCUACAGAAGUCGAUUACGCUAAGCUUUUUUUGGAUGCGUUGGACAUCAAUUUGGCUCUGGUCUGGUCAGAAUAUUACACAUCAGAAACCCAUUUAGCAGGAACAAACUAUGGUUUUGUUGAAUGGACAAAGAAUAAGUUUGAAGAGUAUGGUCUUAAAGCGGAGAUUGAUACUUAUGAAAUGUUGAUGAGUUAUCCCGAGGAUCAUUCCUUAAAGCUUUCCAAUUCAAAGGAUGGACUGGUUUAUGAACAUUCGUUAAAGGAGGAUGCAUUGAAGAAAGACCCAACUUCCCAAGGUGAUGAUUUGAUCCCUACUUUCUUGGGCUAUGCUGCCAAUGGGAAUGUCACAGCUCAAUACGUGUAUGCCAAUUAUGGGACCAGAGAAGACUUUGCUCAUUUGCAUAAAGAGGGCGUUGACAUAAAGGGUAAGAUUGUGAUUGUCAGAUACGGUAAGAUCUUCCGGGGAUUGAAAGUAAAGUUUGCUCAAGAUAGUGGUGCAAUUGGAGUUCUUAUCUAUACUGAUCCUGGUGAUGAUUUUGGUAUAACCCCUAAGAAUGGCUACAAACAGUAUCCUAAUGGGCCUGCAAGGCAGGAAAGUUCUGUUCAAAGAGGUAGUGUUCAAUUCUUAGGGGGUGAGAAUCUGGCUCCUGGAGAUCCAACCACCCCUGGAUACCCUUCCAAACCUGGUGUACCAAGAAAGAACCCUUACACUUCGAUUGGACAGAUUCCUGUAUUGCCUAUUUCGUAUCGGGAAGUGAAACCUAUUUUGGAAGGAUUGAAUGGUCAUGGUAAGAAACCAAAUAAAAACGAUUGGGUUGGAGAAUUGGAUGGUGUGAAAUAUUUCACUGGACCAAAUGAAGAUUUAACUUUAAAUCUAUACAAUAAGCAAACUUAUAAUAUCACUGAAUUAUGGAAUGUUUAUGGUGAGAUUAAAGGUGAAUUAGACAAUGAAGUGAUUAUCAUUGGUAACCAUAGAGAUGCUUGGAUUAAAGGAGGAGCUGGUGAUCCUAAUAGUGGAUCAGCUGUAUUAAUUGAAUUGGCCAGAGCCUUUGGUCAAAUGAAGGCUUUAGGGUAUAAGUUUAAGAGAACAAUUAUCUUACAAAGUUUCGAUGGAGAGGAAUAUGGACUUUUGGGUUCAACAGAACAAGGAGAAUACUUUGCCAAUAAAUACAAGAGAAAGGUUAUUGCUUAUUAUAAUGUUGAUGUUGCAGUUGCUGGCAAGAAUUUGAAGUUAGGUGCCUCUCCAACUUUAUACAAAGUUUUGAAAGACACUGCUAAGUUGUUCCAAUAUCCGGGUAGUAAUUAUACUCUUUAUGAUCAUUUUGUUGACAAGAGCAAUGGAUAUAUUUCCAAUUUGGGAUCUGGAUCCGAUUACACUGUUUAUUUGGAUCAUUUAGGGAUUUCUUCCGCUGAUAUUGGAUUUGUUCCAGGUAAAGAUGAUCCAAUUUAUCAUUAUCAUUCUAAUUAUGAUUCCUUUUAUUGGAUGAAGACAUUUGCUGAUCCUGAUUUCAUUUUCCAUAAUUUGGCAGCCAAGUUUCUUGGUUUGGUUGCCUUAAAGACAUCUGAAGAAGCCGUGCUCCCCCUUACAGUUACAGAUUAUGCUACGACAUUAUCUGGUUAUUUUACUAAGGCAAUCCUGAAUGUACCUGAUUCUUGGUUGGAUAGAAUUGUCACCAAGAGUAAGGCAUGGAAGUCCUUUGUUACACAUGAUGAGGAAGAUUUAAAGUUCUUAUCCGAAGCAGCCUCAAAUAAUUACCAACCAAAGAAUGAUUACCCAUUCCCGGAACUUGUCAAGGGGAAGACUCGGAUGUGUCCACAUUCCCAUUCCGGCUACAGUUUGACCAACAAAGACUCUGUGAAUUUGACGUUCAAAGACUUGAUUGAGAAGACAAAGAAGGAAUUGAAAUUAAUGGCUGAUAGAACAGAUAUUUUUGAUACAAAGAGUAAAGAGUUACAAGCGAAAUGGGAAAACAGACAAUCAAUUGGAUGGUGGGAGAAGGUCCGUUUGAUUUACGCCAUUCUGUUUCAUAAUCGAAACCUAAAGUACUUUGAACGGAGUUUCUUGUUUCAUAAGGGACUUGAUUCAAGACCAUGGUACAAACAUAUUGUUUUUGCACCAGGUAGAUACACAGGCUAUGCAGGGCAAACGUUACCCGGAUUAGUUGAGGCUAUUGAAGAUGAGGAUUUCGAUAAGGCUGUCUAUUGGCUCGGAAUUAUCACCAAAGCAUUCAAGAGAGCAUCUGAGGGACUUGAUCGGAGAAUUACCAUUUAA